AAGCCAAAACGGCUGCCCCAAAGCCCCUUUUCUCUCAGCUCUGCUACCUCCCUCAUAAUGCAUUUUCUGUUUGUGUAAUUUGCAGAAGCUCUGCUACCUUCCUCUGUCACUAUCACCGUCCAAACCCCCUCUCCCUUCCCUCUCUGUUUCAAAACCCCAAAGAAGAAGAGAAGAAAAUCAGCCGUUUCUUUGAAAACCCAUCAUUCAUUUCUCUCUAAUGCAACAGCACCUGAUGCAGAUGCAGCCCAUGAUGGCAGCUUAUUAUCCCAACAACGUCACUACUGAUCAUAUUCAACAGUAUCUGGACGAGAACAAGUCGCUGAUAUUGAAGAUUGUUGAGAGCCAAAACUCGGGAAAAUUGAAUGAAUGUGCAGAGAAUCAAGCAAGGCUACAGAGGAACCUCAUGUACCUGGCUGCCAUUGCUGAUUCUCAACCUCAACCUUCUGCCAUGCAUGCCCAGUACUCUUCUAGUGGCCUAAUCCAACCAGGAGGACAUUACAUUCAACACCAACAAGCUCAGCAAAUGACACCACAAUCACUGAUGGCUGCUCGGUCCUCCAUGUUGUACACCCAACAGCCAUUUUCUAGCCUACAGCAGCAAGCUUUACACAGCCAACUCGGGAUGAGCUCCGGAGGUGGCAUAGGAUUCAACAUGCUGCAAAACGAUGCCGCCAAUGCCGGAGGCAACGGAGGAGCACUUGGAGGAGGAGGAUUCCCAGAUUUCAGCCACAAUGCUGCAGCUGAUAGCUUGCACCGCAGCCUAGCUGGUGGGAGCAAGCAAGAUAUGGGAGGAACCGGGUCAGGCGAGGGACGUGGAGGGAGCUCCGGGAGCCAUGGCGGAGAUGGAGGUGAGACUCUCUACUUGAAAUCAGCUGAUGAUGGUAACUGAAAGUAUGAGAAUAAAGUCGAUAGAAAUUAUGAGUAAACAAUGGUGUGAGGAUUUGAUCUUUGGUGUUCUUUUUCCAAGUUAAGGUAUUUGUUUGUAGUGUAUUAUGUAAAUUUUCUUCUCUUUCUUUUGUGCGUAUGAGAAGUGGAUGAACGAACGAAUUGAUAUC